GCGAGGCUGGUCCUCCAAGUGAGCGGGGCGGCGCGGUGCGGGGCGCGGCGCGGGGCUGCGCGGGUCGCGGAACCAUGCGCUGCGGAGCGGGGCGCGGGUACCGCCCGCCCGGCCGCUUUUGUUUGGGUCGUGCCGCUCCUUUUGUUUACAAAUAAGCGCGGCCGCGGCCGGGCCCUCCCCGCCACCGCGUGGGGCUCCGCUCCCCCCUCCCCGGGCCGGUGCAGCCCCCCCGGAGCCGCCGCACCCCCCCCGGCCGCGCCGGCCCCGCGGCCGCUCUGCUGAAACCGGAGCUCCCCCGGGAUGCGCGGGGCUCGCCUCGCCCCGCGGCGGCGUGGCCGCCCCUUCCCGAUCUCCCUCCCUCCCCCGGCCCCUCUGCCCUGCCCGCCCCCCGGCUGUGCCGGCCCCCGGUACCGGCAUGCCCCGGCCCGUGCCGGGCGCGGGGGUCCCUGGGGGAAGCCCCCGGUGCCGGAGCGGCGGGAGGGGGGUCCGGGCCCCUGCUCUCACCCGGUCCGUGUCCUCUGUUGCAGGCACAACAGCUGGGAGCCUGAGGAGAACAUCCUGGACCCGCGGCUGCUCCUGGCUUUCCAAAAGAAGGAGCACGAGAAAGAAGCGCAGAACCGGAAGAGGGGCAAGCGGCCGCGGGGCAGGCCCAGGAAGAACGUGGAGCCAGAGAUGCCUAUGAAAACUAAGUCAAGCAGCUCCUCUUCCUCCACGUCCUCCUCUUCCUCCUCCUCCGAGGAAGAGGAUGAGAGUGAUCUGGAAGCAAAGAGGGGUCCCCGCAGCAGAGAGACGCACCCGGUGCCGCAGAAGAAAGCUCAGAUCCUGGUGGCCAAGCCCGACAUGAAGGACGCUUCCAGGAAGAAGCGUGGCCGGAAACCUCUUCCCCCGGAGCAGAAGGCGGCUCGAAGGACCGUGAACCUGACAAAGGUGCUGAAAACGUCCCGGAAGGAGGCGGGGGGCAGUGCCAAGCUGGUGGGGAAGCUGCAGCCCCAGCACGGCACGCAGGGCUCAGGCGUGGCUAUGCUGAAGGAUCCACCGGGCGCCUUGGCUGGGCUCGGCUCGGGCGGCUCAUCGGUGGAGAACCUGCCCAACGUGAUGAAGAGCGGCUCGGCGAGCCCCAGCCAGGCCAUCAGCUGGCAGAGCUCCAUCGUGCACUACAUGAACAGGAUGUCCCAAAGCCAGGGCGCAGCCGAGAGCUCGGCCCUGGGCAGGCUGGCGCUGAAGGCACAGGCGGCCAGUAAGGGCAGCUUAGGGCUGGACUUGAAAAUGAGGAGCCAGAAAGGCUCCGGGGAGCUGGGGCUGAGCGCACAGGGACCCAAAACCGCGAAGGCUUCCGGCAGCAGCGCCGGAGGGGAGCAGAAAUCGGGGUUUGCUGCCGGAGGCCAGAUGCUGCCCAACGGCAGCAAGACGCCGUCGAGCUCAGCAUCCAGCAUCCAGCCCGCCUCCAGCCAGGAGCUGAACCUGCAGGCUCUGAACCUGCAGAGCGUCAGAAACGGGCCGAGCGCGGCCGGCGGGAGCAGCCUGCCCCGGCACCUCUGCGGCGCCCUGGCCAAGGGCUCUGCCGGCGGCGCGGCCACCGCGGGUGCCAAGGGCGCCAAGGGCGGCGCGGCGGGGGCCGGGCUGAACGCCGCCGGUGCCGCUGCGCUCCCAGGGGGGGACGGAGGCAAGAGCAAGAAGCCGACGCACCGGGCAGGUGACAGGGACUCGGCCAGGGGCGGCUCAGCGGGCGCUCCGGAGGGACACGCGGCCGCCGAGAGCCGCAAAGCCUCCGCGCUGUCCGAAGCCAGCACGGGCGAGGACACCAGCUCGGAUUCGGACCGGGAAUCGGCUUCCCUGCCGGGGCUGGCUCAGAACAUGUCUGUCUCCAUCCAGACCAGCCAGGACUGGAAGCCUACCCGCAGCCUGAUUGAGCACGUCUUUGUCACCGAUGUCACCGCUAACCUGAUCACGGUGACGGUCAAGGAGUCCCCCACCAGCGUCGGCUUUUUCAACCUGCGGCAAUACUGAGCCCAGGAGCCUGAGAGGAGGGAGAGGGCCCUUCAGCCUCCCCCUCGCCUUUGCCCGGCUCUUCCGUCAGGUGUUUUUUCGUCAAGCGAACGCGGAGCCCUCGUGAGACCUGCUGGAACUCAUGUCUGCACAGGCUGGACCGAUAGCGCAGUGAAACCCGCUCCAAACUGCCCGCGGGUCCUGGAUCUCCUCCCUGCCUCCUCUCCGUCCUCUUCUGGAGCCGUGCCCGUGCGGGGGUGGUCGAUGCCGUGCUCUGGGAGCGGGGCGCCGUUGCUGCCGGGGUUUCGGGCUGGCCAGUUUCGAGCCAGGCUUCACUGCCCGCAGGUCUCUGCCCGGGAGCAGCAGAUGCCAAGGGCCGCAGCUCUCCGGCCUCGGGGGGGUGUGGAGCUGCCACGGGACAGUCUUACACCUGGGAGAUCCUCCCGGGCUUCCUGUGGAUCUGUCUAUGAGCCAUGGGGAACUGCAAGUCAAUCCAAAUGAGGCGGCUGCUGCUCCCAGCCCUCGGGGCUGCGGGGGGCGGCUGCAUUCGGGGGUUUUCAGGGUACACUCAGCCCAGCCACCCCCCUGGGCGAGGUCAUUUCCAAUGAUGGGAAACCCACAGCGUUUCUGUUGGGGUUUCCAGCUGAUAGGGAAAUAUUGUUUACAUUUUUUCUUAAGGAUUUUUUUUUUCAUGAGGGAGGGAAAUAGCCCCAUUCUCAGAUAGGUGAAGUCCUGGAUGCCACUAACAGAGCAGGUGGCAGAGGUGCUUUUUUUGGAGGGCGUUUCCUUUCUGCUGGAGGAAAGUCCUGCCUUGAGAGCCAGCAAGAUCCACCAGCUUCUCUGCAGUGACUUGAUUUCCAGAAGAACGUGAAUUUCUGGGCAGCCCAGGGAUCCCCCACGCCACUCCUGUGCCUCAUCCUGGCAUUGCCAGCAUCUCCUCCUCCUGCUCAGCAGGUUCCGGGCACUCACAGGGACUGA